ACAACAGCAAAAUGUCAUCGCUAAACACACAUGUUGCAUAUUUGUUAUUGUUAUCGAAAAGUUCGAUAUUAUUAGAUAAUUUAUAGUGCAAGAGUUUAAUAAACAAAACUAAAUAAAGCAAGAAAAAUGACAAAAACAACGAAUAUUUUUAAAGAAGCCGAAGAUGUGCCCUUGCCCAGCAGUGAUGAGGAAUCGAGUGAGGAGUCCUGUAUUGAAGAUGACGAUACUUGUACACGUUUUGAAUUGGAACAAUAUUUCCAACAAAAAUACAGUGUACAUGAUGAAACGGCUGUGACAUUAAAGAAGAAUUACAUACUAAGUUUGGAUAAAAAUGACUCAUUAACACGACUGGCAGCCGGCUUAUCAGACGGUUCUGUACAUUUAUUCGAUAUAAGUACUGAACGUGGUCUUAGCUACUCCACGCCAGAUUGUAUAGCCCCCCCACCUUGCAUUGAUGCUAAAAAUCGUUUUACCAUUUGUGGCGUACGUUUUGUAGAUGAGACUCCUAAUUUGCUACUGGUUGGCACAACAAAUGGUUUGGUUAGACUUUUUGAUUUACGUACACCUGGUGAAGUGGGACGUUUCGAAAAUAAUCCCGCAACUGAGGCCGAAGCAGCAGCUAUGCCCAAGGAUAUUGUGUGCUUUGACCGCAAUUCCAAUAGUCGGGUUUUGUGUGUGGGAACGGAACAACAUCAUAAUAAUGUUUAUUUACUAUUCUACGAUUUAAGAGAACGUAAACAAAUGGGUGGUUAUUUUGAUAGUCAUCAAGAUGAUGUGACCACUUUACGUUUUCAUCCACAAAAUCCUGAUCUUUUGUGUUCGGGUUCUACCGAUGGUUUGAUAAAUAUAUUUGAUUUACAAAAAAACAUAGAAGAUGAUGCUCUCUUACAGACGCUUAAUACCGAGAGUAGUGUACAUAGAGUAAAUUGGCAUAAAAAUGUCUACGACAAAGAUAUAAUCUCAUGUAUAACACAUACCAAUGACUUUAAAAUGUACGAAUGCGAAGAAGCUGAUCUGGUGGCUGAUUUUGAUAGAGCUAAAAUUACCGAAUGUAUAAAACGUAAAACACCAGCAAAUUGUAAUUUAAUUGAUUGUCACAAUAUGGCGGAUGGUGGAGUUUUCUUGUUAACUGGUUCAAAUAUCAAUAAAGGAGAAAUAAUGCGCUCUUUGCUGGUUCAGAAUAAACAACUAUUGCCAGGUGUAGAUUUUCAUGGCAAUAAACAAAUUGUGCGCGAAAGUGUAUUUGAUGAAAAGUCAAAUAUAUUAAUAACUGCUGGCGAAAGUGGUAUAGUUACACUAUGGAGUCCACAAAACUCGUCUAAGUCGAGUAACAGCAACUUGAAGGCCAAAACGAAAAAGUCAAAUAAAUCAACACCUUAUUAACAAAAUGUUUUUUGUUAUUCAAUAAAUGUUACAAAAGUAAUAAAACAAA